AUGGAGGGAGUAGAGAACGAGAAUGUCUAUGGAAAGGCAGAAGAAUACUGGAAACAAGCGUCUGCUGACGUCGAUGGGAUGCUUGGCGGCUUUGCACAUCUACACACACCCGAUAUAAAAGACUCAAAGGCUUUUAUACAACAACUCAAGAAGAAAAAUUUAUUAAUGAACAUGGAUUAUGCAUUGGAUUGUGGCGCCGGUAUUGGGAGAGUAACGAAACAUUUGUUGAUGCCCUUGUUUGGUAAAGUUGACAUGGAAGACGUUGUCGAUGAGUUAAUCAAAAAGUCGGACGAUUACAUCGGAAACGAUGCUCGAGUGGGCCAGAAAUUUGUUGAAGGUCUGCAGACAUUCACUCCACCUGAGGGUCGCUACGACUUGAUAUGGAUACAAUGGGUCAGCGGUCACUUAACUGACUCAGAUUUCAUUGAAUUCUUUCAAAGAUGCAAGCAAGGAUUGCGUCCCGGUGGCUGCAUUGUGCUGAAAGACAACUUGGCUGGCGGAGAAAAAGACGAGUUUGAUGAGGAGGAUCAUUCAUGGACUCGACCAGAAGCAAAAGUGCUCAACCUUUUCACCGAAGCUGGUCUUCAGAUGGCUGUUUCGAAGACGCAAACUGGUUUCCCCAAAGGAAUGUACAAAGUCAAAAUGUUUGCUCUUAAA